AUGUCUUCGAGCAAAUCUGAUGAUCUUAAGAUUUGGAAGCUAACGAAGUUAGCAGAAGCAUCUAAAACGGUUUUAGAAGAGAAAAAGAGAACCCUAGUUGACAUUCCGACAAGAGGGAUCAAUCCGUUAAAACGCAAGGUGGUUUCAUCAUCAUCAUUAUCUUCGAGACCCGAGUGGCUUAUAAACUUGAUGAGAAAAGAGAAUGGAUACGAUUCAAAUCUGAUCAUAGAGAAGAGGAAGCUCCAUCGCAGUGAUCUAAGCAAAGCUCAAUCACGUCUCUCAAUCCCUAUAAACCAAGUGGUUAGUUCGGAUUUUCUGACAGAGGAAGAGACAAGAAUCAUAUACGAACAAUCGGAAUUGAAGAUUCGUCAAACAGGUGUGAGUGUGGUUUUGUUUGAUCCUAUGUUAUGUGAGCAUGUGGUUGAUUUGAGGAAGUGGAAGAUUGGUGGAAAUUGGAGUUAUGUAAUAGUUGAUGGUUGGAAUGAUGUGGUUGCUAACAACGAGUUUGAUGUCGAUGACGUGAUUGAAAUCUGGUCGUUUCGAUAUGGACGAGGAAAACUAUGUUUUGCUUUGUCUCCUCCGGUAAGAGAGACUAGACAAUUCGGUCAGAGAAGUUAUCAUCGUUAUCAUUGA